AUGGCGGUGGUAGUCCUGUUCCACCAAAACCAGUGCUUAUUUACGGAGCAGAGUGUUGGACUGUCACCAAAAAAAGAGGAAUCUCUACUAAGACGAACUGAGAUGAGAAAGCUGAGACAUAUCCUCCAGGUCUCGUUAAAAGAUGAGAUCAGGAAUGGGGUAAUUCGAAGCAGAUGUGGUACCACAGAUAUAGUUGAGAAAGUCCAAGAGGCUAGACUAAGGUGGUUAGGUCAUGUGUUGAGGAGAGAGGAUGAAGAACCAUGCAGGAUGGCUUGGAAGCUUAGUUUGGAAGGUGACAGAGGUAGAGGGAAACCACGUCAGAGAGGGAGCGAUAACAUCAAGAAGGACCUCGAGGAAAAAGGAUUAGCCGAAAGAGAUAUAUCGGUCAGGGUGGAAGAAAUGACGCCAACGCCCUUCAACGCGGCACUCAACUGCAGUAGGGUGUCUCCGUUGGUGUACCUCAGCGAUCUGCCACCUGUGCGCGAUUUCCACCUGUGCGCGAAACGAGUCGACUAG